AUGGCUAGUACGAGGGCUGGACAAUGGCCCUCGGCAGGACCUCAUAUACCCGAAAUCAGACAUCCCCCCACCCUCUCCAACCUCCAACCUGCACAUAUCACGAUGACGGACCCGUUCAAAUCCUUCGACGACUCCACCCAGGCCAAACCACCAGCGGUGUCUCGGAAUGUCUUUGCCAUUGCUGGCAUCUCAGUGACGGUAUUCGGCCUACAAGAGCUCCGCGCCGAGGCCUCGGAAGUCGCAUGUCUAUGGCUUCUGCACCCUCGACUGGGGACCCAGAAGCGGAUGAUCCGUGUGGCAAAUGCCACCAUCACCGAUUGGAAUACUAGAAAUAAAGACACGCCGUCGGCCAAGGGUUUGAUUGCAGUAGCUUUUGAUCAGAGAAACCAUGGCUCGCGGGAGAUUGAGCCGCUUGCCAAUGAGUCUUGGAAGAAGGGCAAUCCCAGACAUGCCCAGGAUAUGUUUUCCAUCUUUCAGGGAACUGCAAGAGAUACCUCGGUAUUGAUGGACUACAUUGCCGCCUAUACCUUCCCGCGUGGGGAGCAUAAAAUUACAGAGAACCUCGUUCUGGGUGUGUCGCUAGGUGGACAUGCAGCAUGGAGCUGCUUGUUGCAUGAGCCUCGCAUCACUGCCGGUGUGGUGAUCAUUGGCUGUCCGGACUACAUCAACUUGAUGGCGGACCGCGCUCGCCUGUCGAAGCUGCCAUCGUGGACAAAGAGCGACCCGCCCGGUGCCGAAAUUCUCGGCUCGGAGGCUCUGCCUGCAUCUUUCUUAGACACCGUGAAGCGAUUAGACCCUGCCAGUAUGAUGCUGCAGCAUGUGGACUGUGGGCCGUCGACGGGGCCCUUGCGCGAAGGCCCACUGCCCCAAGCGUCGGAGAGCGAGCAGCAGGUGCUCCGACCGAUCUUGAAUCGCACCUUAGCCGGAAAGCGAAUUCUGAACCUGUCAGGUGGGAUUGAUAAGCUUGUUCCUUAUCAUCGGGGUCAGCUCUUCCUCGAUUGGUUCAAGAAGACCAUCGCCCCCGAUGGCUGGUAUGGUGAUGGAGCGGUAUCGUUUGAAGAUAUCAUCGACGAGGCGGCAGGCCAUGAGGUCACUGACAAGAUGAUCGACCAGGCGGUGCGUUUUAUCAGUGAGACACUAGCACCUGGAUCCGAUGCCACCGGACGAGGCUCGGUGCGUGAGUCUAAGAUGUGA